AUGAGGUUUGAUCAUGAUGGGUUUAUUAAUCUUCACACACCAGGUAAGACGCUGAAAAAAGGGGAGAAAGCUAUACGCAAAGUUGAACACGACGGUCCGCAUUUAUCUUCAGAAAUGCGUUUUAAAAAGGAGUCCCCAAUUGAAAAUUUCCACCAUCCUCAUUGCACUUUAUAGUCAUGUAUUUUGUUUGACAACGUCUACAAUAUAAAUUUUCUAUAACAGUCUCAUCACUUACGUGUUUCACAAUGUUUUCCUUUGUAUCCUGGAUGACACUGGCCGCUUUUAGUUGUUUGUUUUCGCCCGCGAGAAACACUCAUGCAGGAGGCCUGAUUAGUAAAACAGAAAGGUGAACUUUUUUCUUCCCGUUCUGCCAUCGAUUGUUGUUCAGAGUAAACAAAGCUUGUUUUCUCGUUAUCAGUAUUCAGACGCUUAAUGUGCGAUUUUUAAAAGCAAAUUUGACGUUACCCUUACACUCUUGUCAACACUCAGAACAUACUAUACAAGCGGAAAUGAAACCUUUUGGUUCGAAGGUUGUUGCAAAACAGGAAUUGUAAAGUGAUGGAGAUAGUUAAGACUCGCUUGAAAAACGUUUGCCCGUGAUUUUAAACUGCCUGAUGUAAGCCAAUAACAAAUGAUUCUCUCAGUUUUCAUUAGUAUAUAGCAGUAGUUCCGAAAAAUUGUUCUUGGCAGUGAAUAAGAUAGGAAAGUUAUCAACAAACCUGCCUAACCCACAACCCACCUGAACAGAGCUAUAAUAUUUAGAUCCUUUCUUCUUUUGAAGACGACCUGGCUUCAUCUGCCGUGUUUUAUUAUUCAACUCACAGCUGCGUUUUCCUCCAAAACAACCGCAAGUUGUCAUCAAUGGAAAGACAUGAAGUGGGGAUCAGUAAAAGUUGUACAGGAAAGGUUAAACGAUUUUCCUUUAUAUUUAGCAGGCGCUAAUCACUGGUAUUUGCCAAAUGGGGAUCAAAGAUGGGAGUGCGACGACUUCAAGGAGAACUCUCAUACAGAAUUUUUUUCGCUGUCCUCUGAUGAUUUUUGGAAAGUCUUUGUUCGCUAAGACCUAA